GCAGAGAGCAGCUGAGCAGGAGUUUUUUAGAUAAACGACACCGGCAGGCAGGAUGAGGGUGGCGGUGGUGGGCGGCGGGGUCAGCGGGCUGGCGGCGGCGCACGAGCUGCUUUCCGCGAACGGCGGCGUGCGCGUGACCCUGUACGAGCAGGAGGAGAGCCUCGGAGGGCAAGCCAGGACGGUGGCCGUCGACGACGGCGCCGGCGGUUGCGCCAAGCUCGACCUCGGCUUCAUGAGCUUCAACCAGGUAACAUAUCCCCACAUGAUGGAAUGGUUAGAAGGGCUCGGGGUGGAGAUGGAGAGAUCGGACAUGUCUUUCUCAGUGAGCACACAAUCGAAAGGCGGCGGCGGAGGAUGUGAGUGGGGCAAUGGCAACGGUAUCUCAGGCCUCUUGGCGCAAAAAACCAACAUAUUAAAACCCAGUUUUUGGCGCAUGGUCUCUGAGAUAAUCAAGUUCAAGAAUGAUGCACUGACGUACCUGGAGGACCAUGAACACAACCCUGAUCUGGACCAUAAUGAGACAUUGGGGCAGUUCAUUCAGUCGCAUGGAUAUUCCCUAUCGUUUCAAGAGGCUUAUCUUAUUCCAGUCUGCACAGGCAUGUGGUCAUGUUCAUCACAAGAUGUUUUCAGCUUGUCUGCUUUCUUCGUGUUGUCAUUUUGCCGUAACAAUGACCUUCUUCAGCUGUUUCGUCACACCCAGUUUCCCACUGUCAAGCCUUGUUCGCAGUCCUAUGCAAACAAGGUAAAAGGAGAAUUGGAGAGCAUGGGCUGUCGAAUUAAAACCAGCUGUCGGGUCAAAUCUUUUUCAAGUCUCGAUGGAUUAGGUGGUUUCAGAGUCUUGGAGAAUGAUGGGUCAGAGGAAACAUACGACAGUGUCAUCCUUAGAACACCCUGUAGAGCAGGCUCAAAAAUAACAGCAAAACGGAAAAUUGAAUCUGCCAGGCCUUUCUUGGUGACACUCAACCCCCCUUGUGUUCCGGAUCAUGUACUGCUUAAAUGGAAUACAAGGCUUCCUGUUCCAUCUGUGGCUGUGGCGAAAGCUUAUCUUCAGCUUGAUCAGAUCCAGGGAAAGAGGGGAAUAUGGUUCUGUGGGACAUAUCAAGGUCAUGGCUUCUACGAAGAUGGACUAAAGUCCGGGAAAGCAGCAGCUCAAGAUUUGCUUGGGAAGAAAUGUGAGCUUCUGCUGAACCCAAAGAAGAUGAUUCCAUCAUGGACCGAGGCUGUGGCGCGCUUUCUUGUUGCAAGAUUUUUCAACCAAUACAUAUCCAUUGGUAACUUGAUAUUGGUCGAAGAAAGAGGUAGUGUGUUCACCUUUGGUAAAGCUUGCGACAAAUGCCGUGUAAAAUCUGUCAUCCAAGUUCAUGACCCCUUGUUCUAUUGGAAGGUUGCAAUAGAAGGAGGCAUGGGCUUGGCAGAAGCCUAUAUCGACGGUUGUUUCUCUGUUCUUGACAAGACAGAAGGCCUUCUGAAUCUUAUCCUGAUUCUCAUUGCUAACAGAGACGAGCGUAGGAACCGACGUAUUGCCAGAAAAGGGUUUUGGUUGUCACCCGUGUAUGUACUAGCUCAACUGGCAUAUGCUAAACACUUUUUGCGCCACACCUCGAUGAAGAACACUGCGACACAAACUCGUCGAAACAUCUCUCAGCACUAUGAUCUUAGUAACGAUUUUUUCUCGCUUUUUCUGGAUAAAUCGAUGACAUACUCUUGUGCAGUUUUCAAGGAUAAUGAAAGCUUAGAAGCAGCCCAGCAACAUAAACUUAGCCUUCUAAUCAACAAGGCUAAAGUCAAGAGGGGGCAUCAUGUUCUUGAUAUCGGUAGCGGCUGGGGAAGUUUAGCAAUGGAAGCAGUUAAGCAAACUGGCUGCAAAUACACUGGAGUCACUUUGUCGGCGGAGCAGCAUAAAUACGCUGAGAGAAAAGUCAGAGAAGCUGGCUUAGAGGACCGCAUAAAUUUUCUGCUGUGCGACUACCGUAAAAUACCACCUUUUAAGUAUGACGCAAUCAUAAGCUGCGGUAUGAUUGAACAUGUUGGCCAUGAAUACAUGGACGAAUUUUUUGCUUGCUGCGAGUCUUACUUGGCUGAAGAUGGGAUAUUGGUCCUCCAGUUCAUCUCAGUCCCAGAGGAACGGUACGAGCAAUACAGAAAAAGGCCAGACUUCAUAAAAGAAUACAUAUUCCCUGGUGGUUGCAUUCCUUCUUUGGCCCGUAUAAUGUCUGCCAUGACCACGUCAUCAAGGUUCUGCAUAGAGCAUGUUGAGAAUAUUGGGCCCAAUUACUACACAACUCUGAUGCACUGGAGGGACAAUUUCAUGGCCAACAAAGAUGAAGUUUUGGCCCAGGGCUUUGAUGAAAGAUUCCUCCGUAUAUGGGAGUACUACCUCAUAUUCUCUGCGGCUGGUUUCAAGUCACGAGCACUUGGAGAUUACCAGGUUGUUUUCUCUCGUCCAGGCAACCGUCGGCUAGGCCAGCCUUGAUGGCUAAAGACAGCAUAUCCUUCUCCGUUUAGCGUUCGUUACUUCUCGACUACCUACAACCUUUUUUAAUAAGUCAGUCGUGGAAUGGUUCGUUCAUACUGGCAGCCUAAUCAAGCGGUUUGGUGAUCUGUCGUGUUAUUUAAUCAUGCAAUGGUUGGUUUUUUCGUGGCAGUGUAUUCUUAUCCAUCAAUUAACGUGUAUGUGUGUAUGCAAGUGCUACUUUAGACUGGUAACGAGAAUUUGAGAAUUGCAUGUAAGGAACUGGUUUGUUUGCUUUGGUAUCUAUCAGAAAGGGUUGAUGUA